AUGGAGGAUUCUCGACCCGCGCUCACCGUGUCAGACACAACCUGCUGUCCUGAUUCAGCCGCAGCCAAUCAGAGGCCGGAAUACAGAGCCAACGCUUAUUGGGCGAGCUUGUCUGAAGAGGCGUGCCUGAGUUUAGUAACGCCUUCAAAGCCGGACUCAGGAACGCCUGCCGGGGAGAGUCACCGGGAGGCGUUAUGGACGUCGGACGGGCGCUCGGCGGAGAUGACAACGCGUCAAAGAACUCUUGUGCCGUUGCAGGAGGAAUUUGCAGAAUGGGAAAAGACAAACCGGCUUCUAAGGCGCCACGGCUGUGCCCCGGUGCGUGCGCUCAGAGCCCCGGAUGGGGGCAGCUUGUCGGGGGCGCUGCUGCUGGAUGCCGACGCAUCUCUGGCUGUGAGAAAUGCGAUCAAAUCACUGGUGCAGGACUCUGAGAGGAGGCAGAAUCUGAUCCACGAUCUCAUCCAAGCCAAUAACCAGCUGAAGGAAGAUGUCCGUCUGCAGCAGAGCCGAGCCGACCGCAGCGAGCAGAAAGCCGGCGACUUACGGAAGAUUCUGGAAAACGUGAAAUCUAAAAUCCGGGACCUCGAAGACGAUUUUCUCUCCAAAACGUGUAAACAGCAAACGCAGAUGAAAAGUCUACUGCAGGAGAAGCAGACGGUGCAGGAGCAGAACCGGAAGUGUCUGGAAAAGCUCCGGGAGCGGGAGGCAGAAAUCUCGGAGCUGAGGAGGCGCGUGGCGGGGGCCACGGAGGAGGAGCGGCGGGGGAGGGGGAAAGGACCCCCGACGGAGAACAAUGUGCCGGAUCUGCAGACGGAGCUCCCUGAAGGGUCCUUGGAUUUGGACGCCAGCCCUAAUUACAGAGCUCUCCUAAAGUCUUUUCAGGAACAAAUAAGAGAAGGAAAUCGGAGGCGAGAGGAGCUGGAGGGCGAGAAUUGGCGGAUCCGGAGCGAGCUGGAGAGGAGGCCGACGGUCGAGGAACUGAAACGUUACAAACGGCAAGCGAGGCGGCUGCAGAAAGCCCUCCGCAGCCUCGGCGAGACGGAACAGAAGCCGGGGGAGCCGGUAAUCACCGCGGUGCAGCAUUUGGAGCGGCUGCCGGUCGGCGAGUGCCGGAGAUACCUGCAGGCCGCGUGUUCCGAGCUCGACGUGCGGGAUUUGAAGGAUUUUGUGUCGGUCGUUUCAUCCGUGGCCGGAGAAGCGGAAAUCUGCGCCAGGCUGCGGAAGGCUCUGCACGGAGCUCUGCGGAAGCUGGGAGAGAAGCUGUUACCCCAUCGGCAGACGGAGGAGGGCGCCGAUGGCCCUGGCGUGGAAGAGCUGCUGCUGCUUGUGGACAGGAUGGUGGAGGAGGUGGAGAGCGGGACUCCGGACGGCUGCCACGUCUCGCCACGCAGACUGCAGGCGCAGCUCUCGCACUUUCGGCGGCUGUUUGACGUCUCGUCGCCGAGCGGCGUGGUCCCCACGAUGAACGCCGCGCACCGCCGGCUGGGGGAAGCCGACAACAUGAUGAGGAACCUACGCUGUCUCCUCGGGAUGGACGGUAACGCUUCCUGCAGCGCUCUCGUGACCGGUGUGGGGCGUUUGUGCCGCAACUUGGAGGAGCGAGAGGGUGAGAAGCUGCAGCGCGUUCUGGGGAUGCUCGAUAUAGACAGCAUCAUAAACAAGUUACAAGAACACGAGGAGUUCUUCCCGGCGUUUGAUGGGUUAAUAAAGGAACUUCUUGAUCUUUUAGAAAUCAGCCGUUUGGAAGAAAUCGUCCCCGCGGUGCGCAGGCUGAGGCGGUUGCCGCCGGUGACGACACGCGAAUAACUCGCACUUUUAUUCAGGUUUUAGGUUGAAAUAAAUUUCAAAAUUUCCCGUC